UUGGGUCUCCCUGGGAGCGGGUCUGCCCUUGGGGGGAAGGUCUCUGGGCUCUGUGCCCUGCAGCUCGGCAGACAUUCGAGGCGGACAGAAACGGGGCUUGGCGCCCCCCGCGUGCACGUGUGCUAGCCCAGGCAGGAGGGAGCGCCUCGGCGGAGGACUCAAGGAAGAGGGGGAGGGAGAAACGCGCCAGAACCUCGGUCCCGGGCGCCCUGGUCGGCCGCGGAGGAGCUGCAGCCUCCAACAGGAAGGUGUGGUCCCUGCCAUGCUAUCUGCUCUGCUCAGCGACUGAAGGCGCCUGCAUCCCAGCUCUGCCAGGAAGCAAAGAUUGUCACAUCUUCCCGAGCCAGGCCAGCCAGGAGCGCUGCAUGCAAAUUCUGCCGUGGGCUAGGGCACGCUAACCAGAAGCGGCGGCAUGGACUUCGUCAUGAAGCAGGCCCUUGGAGGGGCCACCAAGGACAUGGGGAAGAUGCUGGGAGGAGAGGAGGAGAAGGACCCCGACGCUCAGAAAAAGGAGGAGGAGCGGCAGGAGGCCCUGCGGCAGCAGGAGGAGGAGCGCAAAGCCAAGCACGCGCGCAUGGAGGCGGAGCGGGAGAAGGUCCGGCAGCAGAUUAGAGAUAAGUAUGGGCUGAAGAAGAAGGAGGAGAAGGAAGCAGAGGAGAAAGCAGCCCUGGAGCAGCCCUGCGAGGGGAGCCUGACCCGGCCCAAGAAGGCCAUCCCUGCGGGCUGCGGGGACGAGGAGGAGGAGGAAGAGGAGAGCAUCCUGGACACGGUGCUCAAAUACCUGCCCGGGCCGCUGCAGGACAUGUUCAAGAAGUAACCAGGCCUCCUGCCCCAGCCCACUCCACCUGUUACUACUUCUUUUUGGUUCUUUCUUUUCUUUUUAUUAGGUUAAGUCUCAAUUCUGAAGGGGAAAACCUCAGUUGGCCUCUGCCCCCCUUCCCCGGCCAGAGGCUUCUCCCCCUCAGCUCUCCCUCACACCUCCCUUCAUCCCAGGGUAUCCACCUGCACCCCACUCCCAAGUAGCUUGAAAAAGAGAGGACAGUCUUUCCCCAGCAGGGGCCGGGGGGCCCCCUCAGGAAGCCUAAGGUCGUGCUAGUGUGGUGACCCCCGUACAUUCCUUCCUGCUCCCCACUGCCAGAAGGACCACUGUCCCCAGCCAGCCAAAGUAAUGACACAUGCCAGCCCUGCCCAGCAUGCUGACCUUCGGCCUCUAACCCUCAGUGGGCCCCCAGGUCAGGGCAGGGGCACUGAGUGGCCUGGCUCUGAGGAAGGGAGUCAGGGGAAGCCUGUCCCGGGAAGGCCCAGGCUGAGAGGCCCCGGGUCUGGCCAGGCUGGGAUCUGGGCGGGAGGCUGGGGCUCUCCUUCUUCCAUCUCCUUGGUGACACCCAGCCCAGGGGCACCCCCUUCCCCAGCCCCCACCUGGAGAGACAUGGCCCCUGCCAAGCUGGUCCCUCCAAAUGGAUCCUUUGUGGACUUUAGCUCAUUUGUGGAGGAACCCCAGGUAGGGAAGCCCCUUGUUCCUCACCCCCACCCCACUUAGGUCCUGGGCCCCCACUGCCAGGCUGGGCCCAGCUUGCUCAGUCAAGGGGCUGCCCAGGCCCCCAGAAAACACUUGGAGCCAUCGGGCAGCGAUGGUCUAUGCCAUGGGGAAUACCCCCAUUGGUGUGGCCAAGCUGCCCCCAUUCCUAUCCACCCCUCUCCCCACCCCGUCCUGUCCAUGUGCUUCCAGGGCCCCAUGGUCCCCAGGAGGACCCUUCCUGGCCGAAGCCCCAAGCCUUUGGUGAGAAGCCAAUUCCCACUUGACAGAAGGCGUCCAUCCAUUCAUCUCAUCGGCCAAGGACAAACUCUCCUCUGGGACGUCUGGGACUGGCAUUUGUCCCCCAUUCAAAUUAUCAAAGCUUUCUGCUCAGUCAGUUGUGUGGGGAUGGUGAGGGAAGAGGGGUCAAAUGAGGGAGGAAACUAUCCAUGCAUGCAUGAUAGUGCGUGGCAGAGACUGCAACAGAGAUUGUGUGUGUUGUAGUCGUCAUAUCUAGGUGUUACAGAUUGUGUAUGUUAGCCUUCUGUGCUUGAUUGAGGUGGUGUAUUUGGGUUGAAAUUGUGUCAUGUGUGUGCUAUCCAUCUCAUGUGUUUAGAGGCUGUACAUGUUAGCUUGUGUAAGAAUGUGUUUUCAAAACAGCAUGUGUACUGGGAGUGAUGGGUAUGUGUUAGGUGUUGUAGAAGCGUGUGUUUGAGAGAAUUCAGAGAUAUUUGAAGGCUGCUGUGUGCAUGUUUGGGGGUCUGAAAAGACAGCUGUGUGCAUGGAUGUGUGCUUGGGGAGAAAGAACGUGGGUAAGAUGUCCCUUCCCAGCGCUGAGACCACUGGUCACAGUUGGCCACCUCCAAUGGGAGACCUUGUCCUUGGCCUAGAGUCCUCCCACCCUUGGGGGGUUCCUGCCUGAGGUCCUCAGAAUCCCACUGCGAUGGACCCAGGCAGUGCCCCAGGAAGCCAUGCUGGGCCCCCGCCAGGGCCUAUCCCAAAAGCAGGGGCCAGGGAGGGGGCGACUUGCCUGCCCCUGAAGCCCUUGUUCCCAUUGGCCCCAGUUUGCAUUCUGCAGGUUUUCCAUUUUAGUGGAUUCUGCUUUUAUUUCAGAGACAGACAUGUGUCUUCUCUGUCCGUUUCCAAUAGGUAAAGCCAUAUCAGUUAGACUGCAAUACUUUAAACACGAGACAAAACAAUCCAUAUGUUUAGGGAACCAGAAAAGUCCCCUGGUCUGUCCCUUCUUUGGGGAGCAGGGCCUCGACAGCUCCAGCUCCCUGGACCUACCUUCCUCCCCGCACCCCCGCCCCCCCCUUGUGCCCCUGUGUCCAGCCCCCCAGGGGGCCUGUGUCUGUGUCUGUGCCUGUGUCUGUGAUGGGGAGCCACCUCGCACCCCUGUUGUCUGCUUGUCUCUUUGUGUCUGUUAUCCUGGGCAGGAUGGUCAUUCUCAAGAACCCUGGGGUCCUGGGCCAGAGACAGGCAGGCCCCAGUCCAGGGGCCCCAGGCCUCCCCAGUCCCAGUGUGUGAGCCCCACUUGGACACAAGUGUUCAGAGAGGUCCCCCUCUGCCACUUGACAGGGACCUUCAAACCUCGACAGUGAUGCCAGGACACAAAGAGUACCAGAUAGGUAGCAGAGACCAAGGCACAGGGUGCUUCAGAUGAGCAAGAGAACCCAGUCGAACCAGAUACCCCAGGUGGGCCGGAGGGACCCCAGACCCUCAGAGGGCUGCCCUGGUGUUCUCCACAGUGCAGUCCCCCUGUAUUCCCAGAGUGGGAUUGGGGCUUUCAGCCCCACCCUGAUGCCUGCCCUCCAGGACGGCUGGUUUAGUCUGGGUCCAUGUCCCAGACCCCUCUAUUCUGCUCUGGGACAGCAGGACUUCAGGUCUUCCUGGGGGUGGGUAUAGGAGAAAAUUUCUGCCUGGCACACACCUGGCUCCAGCCACUGCCAAGUGAUCACUCUUAGGCCCAGGGGAACACAAUGACUAUCAUUACUGAUGCAGACCUGGCUGUGGAGAGCAGCUAAUGUGUGGCCCAGAGACCAUGUCUGUGUGGAGCACGUAGUACACAGAAUACGUGAGAGUUGCUCUAGCAGGGGUGGGAUCCUCACAGGAUCACCUGGGAGGUGAGGUGUGUGUGACCCACUGGAUGGGAGGGGAAUGAAUGUGCAACACACUUAGGGGAGGAGUGGCCCCAGAAUUCAGCACGCACACGACACACAAGGGAGAGAACCCCCAGAUAAGAAAAUAGGAAGGAGCAAUCAUUUGUAGAUGGGUGAAAAAAGAAUGAGGUUCAAGGGAGCGUGCACCAGGUGAGGUGAGCGUGUGUGCUCUAAGGGAAGGGCCGAGGCUCCCGUGCCUGGGAGGAGCUGCCAGAGAGAAGGAAAAAGGCAGCUGUGGAUCGCCCUGGGCUGGGCACCGGUGACAGGUCAGGAUCUCCAAACAUGGACGUCCUCCCCUCCAAAUCCAGAAGCUCCCAGAAGGUGUCCUUAACUGCAAAGCUGUGCAGGGUACUCCUCCAGAUGGAAUCAGGAAGUCGAGAUGCCAUCCCAGGUGUGUGUGACAGAGAGAGAGAACAGGGAAGAUACAGAAGUAUUGCAGCCCAGAGCCCCUAUCAGGGGGACAGCUGGUGGGCAAAGCAGCCACCCCACAGCCUUGUGGCUAGAGUACAGUGGGGUGGACCCCCCAGCCCCAGUAGCCCUGGUACCCAGCUGGCAGGGUUGCCCACCCCUGCUGUCCACCUGCUCCAUCCUCUAGGGUUCCACAGGCCCCUGACUGCACAGGGAGGCUGGGGUCAGCCUGGGCUCCCAGGCCUGAGGACAUGCCUCCCACCAAAUGUCCCCUGCUCCAGUCCCACUCCUGUCACCCCACGCUCUGCACUGGGGAGAAAAUGGGAGGUGCUCUUGCUGGCCCUGGGUGGGAGCAGGGAGUCCUGGUGAGACCCAGGUGAGAUGGACCAUCCUGCCCGCGCGGGGGAUCCCCUUUCCCACAUUAGUGCUGUGUCACUGUUGCUCUGCUUCCUUUCAAUGUGUCAGUGCCUGGGGGGAGGGGAGGAGCACCCCCUCAGCCCUCCUGAACCUGACCAAAAGCCAUGGCUGUUGCUCCCCCCUUUGUAUGAUGCAAAUGCUGAGAUGUACAAAAUCAACCAUGACAACAAAGAAAAAGACCUUGUACAGCA